AUGUCCUCGUCGUCGAGUCACUACCCGCCUGCGCGGAGGCCGUUCCUCAAGUUUCCGCCGCCUCCACCGUUCCCGCCGGGAACUCACACGGACUAUGCCUACGCCUACUACGAGCCGGGGCCGAGCACCUCCAAGCACACCUUCAUCAACUGCUACGGCACCGAGGAGAACAUUUACGAGGAGAUCGGCGCCACCCAGCUCGAACAAGAGGUCCGAUAUGUCCACAGCAAACACCUACAGAUUUAUCUCUUCUACAGGGUGUCUACAUGUCUCGGAAAACGGGAGUGGGUUAGCUCAUUCAGUCCUGUAUGGAAAGACAUCAGAGAAAAGCGUUUCACACUCGCCAACGACGGGCACAAGCUCGGGGAAACCGGUACAGGUUCUGGACGAGCUGAACCUGACGGUGGAGGCGAUGCUCAUGCCCCCGCCGACGUCGUCGUCGAAGCACGGUCACGGCGGGGACGGGGCCGACGGGAACUCGNGGGCGGCUCGGGGUCCGGGGGGUCGGGGGGCUCCGGCUCGGGGGGCCCCGGGGACGACCUCCUCUCCCCGGCGAGCUGCAGCCUGGACAGCGGGUUCAGCGGCUCCAGCAGCGGCACCAACAGCCUCAGCCGAAACUCCACCCCCAACUCCUCCGCCAUGGCCAAGUACAAGAAGUCCCCGCAGAAGUUCUGGAAGAAGAUACCCAACCUCGUCUCGCCCUCCUCUUCCUCCAGCACCCUCACCAAGAAUUCAGGUAAAACUCACAAACAGGAAAAAACCGUUCACUCUGAGUUUAGUCCAAAAAACAAUGCAAGACGUAGGAAAAGUAAAGCUUCAACCCAAAACUUUUUGAUUCAUCAACAUGAGCCGAGAUGCGUGUCAACAUCCUGGGAGGAGUGCGCCAGAGGCUACCAAUCGCAGCGGAGCUCUUGUUCGGACCCCGAAUAUUCGUCGGGCGACGAAAGCAUCAAAAGUAAUGAAAAUAGAGGAACUGUCAAAAGCAAUAGAUCUCUAUGGAGGCGGAACUCUCCUUCGCCAGAUCCUGCAGGACCUCCCCCUCCUUCAGGCCGACUCUACCGAUGGUUUUCGAUAAGGAGAGGCUCGCAAUACGAAUUGGAACCCAAGGAAAGGUCUGGGAAAAUGCCUCUGUUACCUGAAGUGGAAGAGGAAUCUUUCUUAAAUCAUCGUAGGUUAUUGCCUCCAGCCUUGCCACCUCCACCUCCCCAUUUAAGUCCUCAAGAAUUGAAGAGAAGGCUGAUUGUCGGUGCUAUCGUUCACAGUGAAAACUCAUAUCAUGCCACUUUAGAGAGACUUGUCAAUGAUUAUAAAAAACCUCUAGAAGAGGCAUCACCACAAAUCCUGAGUUCCUCAAAAAUUUCUAUGUUGUUCUGUCGAGUACCUGAGCUGCUUCAGUGUCAUACUCUGUUCCGGAUUGCUCUGGCCGAAGCUGUGGCAAAUUGGGAUCGAGAUCACCGAAUCGGCGAUGUCUUCGUAGCCUCUUUUAGUAAAUCAAUAGUUCUAGAGAUCUAUAGCGGUUUUAUAAAUAAUUUUUCCGUAGCCAUGGAUCUUGCAAGAAGCGAAACUAAGCGGAAAGCAAACUUUGCUGAAUUUUUAAGAACUCGGCAAGUAAAUUCACACGAUAGACUGUCAUUUUUUGGCCUUAUGGUGAAACCAGUCCAAAGAUUUCCUCAAUUUAUAUUGCUUCUUCAGGAUUUGCUACACCAUACAGGCCAAGGACAUCCAGACAGAAUGUCGUUGCAAUUAGCCCUGACUCAGCUCGAAUCAUUAGCAGAGCUGCUGAAUGAAAGGAAGCGCGAGUCAGAGCAAAGUUUAGCAUUUAAAGAGAUGUUGCGAGCAAUAUCUGGAAAACUGUCCACCCGUCCAAUGUCUGCAGAUAACAAUAGGUGCCUUCUGAGGCAGGAUGAUGUCACACAAUUGGAUGUGAACCAAUGUGGCUUAGUCAGUAAGUGCAAACCGAGGCGGCUUUUGCUGCUCAAUGAUUUUCUAGUCUGUGUCUCUGUCACGCCGAGUGGUAAAGAAGAUGUAAAUAGUCCACCAUCUCUCAGCAAUCAAAGACUUUCUCUCAAAUGGAGUUGUCCUAUCACAGAAGUCCAGGUUGUAGAAAACGCUAGUUCACCCACUCUGAAUCGGCUCUUAACUCCAAGUGGCAGUUUAUCUUCCAACAGCAGUGGAGUCACGGAUAAUUUGUGUGUUGAAAUGUCUCAAUUAAUGCACGAUUAUCAAGUUGUCUCUAGGAUAUCAGAUCUAGUUGCAACUUUGAAAGGAACCUACCCUGACUUAAACGCAGACAGUACUCGAGUGCUUUUAAAUUCAAUCCAGUGCGAGAUUCAACGGAAAGACGAACAAAUGGCAUGGGUUGACUCGUGUUGUCUCCAAUUAUCGAUUCAAAACAAGCAAAAUUACACAUUCCAAAUGGAUAGCCCAGAAAUCAGAAAAGAGUGGAUAACAGAACUGAGACUUGCAAGACUUGCCUUGGAUCCUAAUAAUUCCCCGGCUUGGGAAAUUCCCGAGUCUGAACAAAGACCCUCAACAAAAAUGCCUUUAUUCGUCGGUGCUUUACCUUUAACCUCAUCAUUGCAGCAAUCAGAAGUCUCAUGUGGAUGUUUUUACACUUCAAGUUGCGGCAAAUCAUCGUAUCUGUGGGUGUGCACUGUUGACGGCACCAACAGUCAUGUAACUGUGAUACAAGCCUCCCCAGGUUCAACUAAUUUCAAACAAGUUACUACUUUAGAUUUAGUCAAUACGCGUGUAACGGCCAUGGAACAUAAUCGAGCUGCAGACACCGUUUGGAUCGGAACCGACUCUUCCAGAGUCCUUGUGUACUCCGUGUUCGAUAUGGUGGAAGUCGGCUCAAUUGCCUUACCAAAUAAUGCCAGCGUAGUUAUAAUCAAGCAGCACUGUGAUAGCAUGUUUCUAGCCUUAAGCAAUGGGUCUUUGCUUUUGUAUCGUCGCGCCAACUAUCAGUCGUCAGAGCCAGAAACGAUAGUACUGGGGCCUGAUCAGCCCGUCUCAUCUCUUCUGCCCAUAAACCUCUCCUUAUAUGCAGCUUGCGGGAAGCAAGUUACUGUUUUGAAUGCAAUAACUGGUGAAAUACAGAAAAGUUUUACAAUUCAACAUGAGCAUAUUGGUGGUAAUGUCAAUUUAAUGGCUUACUCUGGAGUAGGCUUGUGGCUAUCCCUAGCAAAUUCUACGACCAUUUGUUUAUAUCACACAGAGACAUUCAAACAUUUGCAGGACAUCAACGUUGCCUCAAAUAUCCUUAGAUUAACAGGCAAUUCUGGACCUGUUUGUGUCACAGCUCUGAUGGCUUGCAAGGGUCUGCUGUGGGUAGGUACCGAUGCAGGAAUCAGCUUGACCGUUCCAUUACCAAGACUAGAAGGUGUUCCAAUAAUCAGCGGCCGUGUAAAUGUAUCCUACCAUGCUCAUACCGGUCCGGUUAAACUCUUACUGGCGCUCCAAGACCCUCCAACCAUUCUGAAAAGGCCUCCCUCCAAAGCGCUAGCGUGUGAUAUUUACGGCUUAUACGGACAAUUGAUGUGUGUAAAUAAGUACUACGAGGAGGAGACAGAUCAGUUGAAUCUCUCGAGUUGGUCUCUAUCCAAUGCAUCUUCAAACGAUAGCACAGAAACAUCUGCUCCCCCGAAUCACAGAAAUAUCAUCAUUGAUAAUAGCAGUAAACGAGAAAGUACCCUGGUCACGAUCACGGGCGGUACAGGGUAUGUCAACUACCAACAGCCUUGCUGCUCAACUGUUGAACAUAAUUCUCACAUUAUAUUGUGGGAGCUCAAGUUAUGAUCGUAAAUGUCUUGUUGGAUUAGAAUUGGGUAUCAAUGUCUGGUAUCAACAAAUCUCUUUUGGCUCAAGCUGUUGUAGAUGAUGAGUGAUGAGGUUUGAUGCUAUUUUUCUCUUGAAGCAAAAGUAGCAAUUGUGUCUAUUUUGAGUAUUAGAGCCGUCAUGAAAGUGCCAUACCAUAAAUUGUGCAUUAAAAUACUUUGCUCUAGCAAAACCGAAGUUUUAAAGAUUCUGUCUGAGCUCCUCUACUCCGUCCAAAGUUACGGAGAAAGCACUGAUGAUGCUUAACUCUUGGAGGUUAGCAUUGCUCGACUCAAAGAUUUCUCUUUUGUAUUUAUUGAUUGCUUGAACAAAGCUGCACUCUAUGCAUCUAUUGUUACACUAAAAAUUGUUUUCUCAAUUACGCUUUUUGGCCAUUUUAAUUCCUGGACUUUUUUGCCAUGAUAGCGACACUAUUCAAAUUGAAUACAGUUAUUAAUCAAAAAUGAAUCUUGCACCUUACAUAACUUGAAUAUUUCACAUCCAACUGAAAGAAAUAAGGAACCAUGUGUACCAAGUGUCUUUAUGAACUAGGUAGUUGCAUUAUCUUCUAAUGUCAAAAUUUUUAGUCUUUUUUUUCUCAAGUUCUUCAUCUCCUAAGAAAAUCAGUGAGCAAUGGCCAAUGAGCGUUGGUUCUAUUUCUCUCAUUUUUCGUGCCAUAAGCUAAAUGAUAACACAUAAUUUUGUAGUCAUUGUCAUUCGUUCCAUUACAUAGCAGUUACUUGAAUGGUAUCCCAUUCAAAUAUGUAUUUCGAAUUUUCUUCCCCCGCAGUAUUGGACUUUGAAUCCUGCAAUUUUAAAGGUUUAACCGAAAUCAGUCAUCAUUUUUUCUUCAUUAAUUCCGUUUUAUUCAUAACUUCUUCAAAAUUGUUUCUGUUUUUUCCUGUAUUUUUUGUUGAUGUAGGGAUUACAUUUUACCUCCUUAUUUGAAGAUCGAAAAAUUUGGAGACUUAAUUUUAUGAACAAUGAACAAAAAUUGAUUUUUGAAUUAUAGGUAAUACCAUACCUCUAAUUUUUCUGUAAUUAUCAAGAAAGGUACAUACAUGAACGGAAAAUCUAGCAGCCAAAAAAUAAACCUAUAAGUAGGCGCAUCCUGUUUGCGCCUUACAGACACAGUUCUACAUCUGUCAAAGAUCACAUUAGACUAUAUAGAUUCUGAUCAAGAAUUUUUUUGGCCACCAAGCAUAAUUCUGCCACCUUGAAUUCUAAUUUUUUUAAAUAUAUAAAAUAUCAAAGUAUUCAAUUAAGAAAGAGUCACAUUUUCUCUAAUUGUCUAUUUAAAAAAUUUUGUGCACAUUACAUGGUUAUGACUUAAUUUUCUGUUAACCCAUCCUAUGUUGCCUUA